UGUGAUUGCGUCCUGAACCCGAAAAGCAACAACUUGAAAAGAGCUGGUUACUGACAGCCCAGCCAUCACCCUCCCGUCUGGGGGAUUGAAGCACUCAGCGUUAGUGCGAGAGUAAUGUCACCCUCACGGAUGUUCUUCCUGUCUGCUGUGCUCUGCGUGGCCCUUUUUCAUCUAAUUUUGGGUCAGAACUGCUCGGAGCACUGUAAAGCAUGCGGGGGCCCAGAGAAAGACCAGUGCCUUCAGUGCCACACUGGAUUCAUCCUGCAUGACAACCUGUGUGUGGAUGUUGAUGAAUGUGGUACUGAUCUGGAUCAGUGUCUCGACAACACGUACUGCUUCAACACCCAUGGCUCUUAUGAAUGCAAAGGAUGUGAUAAGGCCUGUGUUGGCUGUAUGGGUGGAGGACCUGCCCGCUGUAGGAAAUGUGCUGCUGGUUACAGAUCAUCAGGCAUGAGAUGCAUAGAUAUAGAUGAGUGUGCCGAGGAAGUGUUGGCCUGUCCUGGUGUCAAUGUGUUCUGUGUGAAUACAGAGGGCUCUUUUCUCUGUCAGUGUGCAGUGGGUUACACACGCAAAGGCGACACCUGUGAGAGGAGCCAGACAGCAGCUUCUGAAAAAAAGGGUAUUUUUGAUGACAUUCAGGAGGAUGAAAUUGAGGUUCUGCAGCAGAUGUUUUUCGGUGUUGUGCUGUGUGCAUUGGCCACAUUGGCAGCUAAAGGGGACUUGGUGUUCACCUCCAUCUUUAUGGGAGCAGUGGCGGCCAUGGCUGGAUACUGGCUCUCUGAUAAGAGCGACCGAGUGAUAGAUUCCAUCUUGAAAGGGAGAUAAAUGCAAAGGGGCCUGCAAAGCUAUUUGCAGUGCUGUUUAUGAAGUCUGCUACUUUUCGAGCUGGGCCAUUCCUUACACCAUGAUAUGAUGGUAUGCUCACACAAAUGGCUCAAGGAAGCUGCUAUAAGCAACAUUUUUGUGAGGUAUUCAAAAAUAAAGCAAUAAGCUACAAGAAGCCAUCCAUUACAGUAAUUUUACUUUGCAUAAAGGAUGUUCUCACAGUAACACAUGGCCUACAACUGGCUUAUUGCUUUUAUAAAAUGGCAGCAACAGCAAUAUGUUUCAAGAAGUAUAGUAAUAAGCAUGAGCUUUUCUUUCCCCAAAUAGAUUUUGACUAGCAAUGUCAUAACUUGGUGUAUUCUUAUUUCACUUAUUAGGUGAGUAUAUUGGGAAUCAGUUGUUAAUGAAUAUUAAUUUGGGCACUAGUGAGGGCCUUAAAGAAUAUCCAUCUGAUGUCAUUUUUUUAUUUUAGUCUUUAUGUUUUUAGUAGCAUUCAAAUGGUCUAUAUAUGCUAUAGAAAUUUUUUUGUGAGUGUACAUAAUGUUUAA